GCCCUUCCUCACUCACAGUGGCCGCCACUCACUAAUGGGAUUGCAGUGUGCCUGGCUCUGCUGCUGCAGCCGCCGGAGGGAGAGUCGCUGCUGCUGCACCUCUUCGCCGAGACUCGCCGGGUGCUGAGCCGCGGGGAUGAUCAGGAUCUUCCCGGAUUUCAGCGUGCAGGUGACGGCGGCGGCGGCCGGCGGGGCGGCCGGGGGGGUGCCGGCGGCGCCGGGCAUGGGGCGAGCCGGCGCCGCGGCCAACGGCAACCCGCAAAACGUCCAGGGCAUCACCUCCUACCAACAACGGCGAGGAGACAGAUUUGCCGGCAGGGAACGGCAUGUGGUACUUUCUAGACACCCCCCUCCCCCGUCCAGUUCUUCAACUCCACCUGCACCCCCGGCCGCGCUGCCAGCCCCGUGGUACCGCCGCCGUGGGACCCGAGGCCGGGCGGCCGCCAUCCCACCGGCGGCUGCGCACGUGCACAACGGCCGCACGUGCGCAGCGCGGGGCGGGCGGCAGCUGCCCCCCGCCAACCGGGGCUGCGCGGGUGGCCCGGGCCGCUCCGCGCAAAGUUACGCCGGCCCGCGUGCCUCCUGCGGUCAGAAAUCCUCCGGGCCCUGGUGCGCGGACGGCGCCCCGCAGCCAAACUUCCAGGUGCUUCGCUAA